CACCGAGCUAACGUCGAGCAACAUGGCGGAAGAGGAGGUGGCCAAGCUGCAGAAGCACCUGGCCCUGCUGAGGCAGGAGUACGUGAAGAUGCAGCAGAAGCUGGCCGACACCGAGAGGCGCUGUGCUGUGCUUGCUGCUGAGAACUCUGUCCAGGGCUCCUCGAGUUCUGCAGCCGCAGACACCUUCGUCAGCCGUCUGCUGGACUUUGUGGCCAACCUGUACCAACAAGAACACUACAGUGAUCUGAAAGUAAAGGUUGCAGGGAAGCAAUAUUUUGCCCAUAAGUUUGUGCUGGCUGCUCGCAGCGACGUCUGGAGUCUGGCCAACCUGGCCUCAACCUCUGAGCUGGACCUAAGUGACUGCAAACCUGAAGUAGCCAUGGCCAUGCUGUGCUGGGCGUACACGGACGAGUUGGAGCUCAGCGAGGACGACGCCUUUCUAAUUGACCUGAUGAAGCUGGCCAACCGCUUCCAGCUCCAGCUGCUCCGAGAGAGGUGUGAAAAAGGUGUGAUGUCUUCGGUGAAUGUUAGGAACUGCAUUCGCUUCUACCAAACAGCGGAGGAGUUAAAUGCCUCCACCUUAAUGAAUUACUGUGGGGAGAUCAUAGCCAGUCACUGGGAUGAUCUACGGAAAGAAGAUUUCAGUACCAUGAGUGCCCAACUUCUGUACAAGAUGAUCAAGUCUAAAACGGAGUUUCCUCUCCAUAAAGCCAUCAAAGUGGAGCGUGAAGAUGUGGUCUUUCUGUAUCUCAUUGAGAUGGAUUCACAGCUACCAGGCAAGUUAAACGAACUGGACAAUAAUGGUGACCUUGCACUGGACCUGGCGCUCUGCCGUAAACUGGAAGGCAUCGCCACCACUCUGGUGAACAGCAAAGCUGAUGUGGACAUGGUGGACCAGAGUGGCUGGAGCCUCCUGCAUAAAGCCAUCCAAAGAGGUGAUGAAUUUGCCUCCAUCUUCCUGGUUCGCCACUCGGCUCAGGUGAAUGCGUCCACAGUGGGGGCCGUGGAAACCCCACUUCACUUGGUCUGUUCAUUCAGCCCCAAGAAACACUCUGCAGAGGUGAUGAGCAGCAUGGCGCGGAUCGCAGAGGCUCUGCUCAAAGCUGGAGCCAACCCCAACAUGCAGAACAGCAGAGGCAGGACUCCAUUACAUGAAGCUGUGGCGUCUGGGAACGAGGCAGUGUUCAACCAGCUGCUGCAGUGCAAACAGCUUGACCUGGAACUGAAGGACCAUGAAGGCAGCACAGCUCUGUGGCUGGCACUGCAGCACAUCACCAUAUCUUCGGACCUCGCAGUAAACCCAUUUGAGGACGACGCACCGGUUGUGAACGGCACCUCGUUUGACGAGAAUGGCUUCACAGCUCAGCUCAUUAAGAGAGGGAGCAAUCCUGACGCCCCUGACACUGCCACAGGAAACUGCCUUAUACAAAGAGCAGCUCUGACAGACAACGAGGCAGCUGCUCUUUUCUUAGCAACUCAUGGGGCAAAGGUCAACCAUGUUAACAAAUGGGGUGAGAGUCCCCUUCAUACAGCGUGUCGGUGUGGCCUGGCCAGUCUGACAGCCGAGCUGCUCCAGCAGGGGGCUAACCCCAACCUUCAGACCCAGAAGGCUCUGCCUGACGACACCCAUGGCGUGGCUCUGCAGACCCCGCUCCACAUGGCCAUUGUUCACAACCACCCAGAUGUUGUCUCUGUCAUCUUGGAGCAAAAAGCCAAUGCACUUCAUGCCACCAACAACUUGCAGAUCAUUCCAGAUUUCAGUCUCAAAGAUUCCAUGGACCAGACCGUCCUGGGCUUGGCCCUGUGGACAGGUAUGCACACCAUAGCAGCUCAGCUGCUGGGCUCAGGGGCUGCUAUCAACGACACUAUGUCCAACGGACAAACCCUUCUGCACAUGGCCAUCCAAAGGCAGGACAGCAAGAGUGCCCUUUUUCUUCUUGAACAUCAGGCAGAUAUCAACGUCAGAACCCAGGAGGGACAAACGGCUCUGCAGUUGGCCAUCAGUAACCAGCUGCCUCUGGUGGUAGAUGCCAUCUGCACAAGAGGGGCUGAUAUGUCGGUGAUGGAUGACAAAGGGGACCCUCCAUUGUGGCUGGCCCUUGAGAAUGGCCUGGAAGAUAUUGCUUCUACAUUGGUCCGACAUGGUUGUGACGCCACCUGCUGGAGCGUGGGGCCCUCUGGCUGCCUGCAGACUCUCCUGCACAGAGCCGUGGAUGAGAACAAUGAGGUCUCUGCUUGUUUCCUCAUUCGCAGUGGUUGUGACGUGAACAGCUCCAGGCAGCCCGGUCCAAAUGGGGAAGGAGACGAAGAAGCCCGAGAUGGACAAACGCCCCUCCACCUGGCAAGCAGCUGGGGACUGGAGGAGGUGGUGCAGUGCCUUCUAGAGUUUGGAGCCAAUGUUAAUGCACAGGAUGCAGAAGGCAGAGCUCCCAUCCACGCUGCCAUUAGCAACCAGCACAACGUCAUCAUACAGCUGCUCAUUUCUCAUCCCGACAUCCGGCUCAACAUUCGCGAUCGCCAAGGAAUGACUCCGUUUGCCUGUGCCAUGACGCACAAAAACAAUAAGGCUGCAGAAGCCAUACUGAAGAGGGAGCCAGGUGCUGCCGAACAGGUUGACAACAAAGGGCGGAACUUCCUCCACGUUGCUGUUCAAAACUCAGAUAUUGAGAGUGUCCUGUUCCUCAUCAGCGUCCAAGCGAAUGUGAACUCCAGGGUUCAGGAUUCAGCCAAGCUCACGCCGCUCCACCUGGCGGUGCAGGCUGGCUCUGAGAUCAUUGUCCGCAACUUGUUGCUUGCUGGAGCCAAAGUAAAUGAGCUGACCAAACACCGGCAGACAGCACUACAUCUGGCUGCACAGCAGGACCUGGCCACUAUUUGUUCUGUGUUGCUGGAGAAUGGCAUAGAUUUUGCUGCUGAGGAUGAGAAUGGCAAUAAUGCUCUGCAUCUGGCUGUGAUGCAGGGCCGCCUGAACAACGUCAGAUCCCUUCUCACGGAGUCCAACAUUGAUGCUGAGGCCUUCAAUCUCAGGGGUCAGUCACCAAUGCACGUGCUAGGUCAGUACGGCAAAGAAAACGCAGCUGCCAUUUUUGAGCUGUUCCUGGAGUGCAUGCCUGAAUACCCUCUAGACAAACCAGACAACGAAGGGAACACUGUUCUGCUUCUGGCCUACAUGAAAGGAAAUGCCAAUCUGUGCCGUGCCAUUGUGAGGGCUGGGGCUCGACUGGGAGUCACCAACAAUCAGGGCAUCAACAUCUUCAACUAUCAAGUCGCAACCAAACAGUUGCUCUUCCGCCUUCUAGAUAUGCUGACCAAAGAGCCCCCUUGGUGUGAUGGGUCCAACUGCUUUGAAUGUGCUGCAAAGUUUGGUGUUACAACUCGGAAGCAUCACUGCCGUCAUUGUGGGCGCCUGCUGUGCCACAGGUGCUCUCUAAAGGAGAUGCCCAUCAUCAAGUUCGAUUUGAACAAACCUGUGAGAGUCUGUGAAAUCUGCUUUGAUGUACUAACUCUGGGCGGGGUGUCUUAAUGCUACGAUCAACAUCUGUUUUACCCUGCUCUGCUCGGACCAGGCCCAACUUGGCACAACUACACAGGAACACCUGAAGAAGGGACGUGAGAAGCGGGAGUUACUCUAAGGAUCAUCAUCUUUAUACUAUUCCAGUCUAUGAAAAACUAUUAAUCUAGACAUUUAAAGAUAGAAAGUGGAACGUUGUCUUUUUGUUUGUUUCUAUUGAGGAGUCUUAUUGCCGAUGUAAGCAACUCUCCAACUGGGUGGCGCUGGACGGGGUGUCUGUUUCUGAAGAUCAGUGAUGUUUGUGAAGAUUAGCUCCUGUUAUCAUGAGCAGGGAGCUGUUAUGAGAUUUCAGUCCAACUCUAAUCGCCUGUAAAAGGA